UGAGUCUUUGAGCCAGGAGAAAAAGGAGAAGAACAAGAAGGAAGAAGACGGAAGAGGGACACACGCACCUGGUCACAAAUCCGCCUAUUCCCGCUAAUCCAUGGACUCCAAGAUCAGGCCCCCGCAUCCCCGGCUCUUGUGAAUGGGCGGGUCAUCACGGGUUGGCCCCACCAAACCGUUAUCGAGGAUAGGGUCGGAAGCUUCUAGGCCCGCCGCCGAGCCGGUCCGCGCCCUUCUAUCUUCCUAUCCUCCUGUCCUUUCAUCCCAUCUUCUCGGCCAUUGAUGAGACAUCUCACAGAGUCGCGCCUCAGCCCGCCCCAACUAUCGUCUCGGCCGUCACCACGCCUUAACCUGAGUUGAGGCGGCCACAUCUAUUCGAUUCGGGGCGUGUCGUGUCCAUUCCGGUCUGUCGAAUCCAAGUGAUACCACCCCCGGGUGCCCAGGGCCAGUUAGCCAGCCAACCCAGUCCUUUGGACCCAGCCUAAUAAGUGGUGGGUCAGUCAGUGAAUGCGACGUGCUGGACAAGAGGGAUUGUGAGUGAUUGUCCGCGUCAAAAUGGAAGGCUUCUUGGCCCAAAUGAGCACGAGCGACACCAAGCGCAAGGUGUCCCUCGGACAAGAGAUGAUCACCUUCUUGGGUCAGGCCGAACCCGGCGAUGUGACCCACAGUCCCGAGUUGGGGGCCGUGAUCGAUGCCCUCGUACCCUGGGUCCAAUCUUCGAAUUACAAGGUCUGCCAAAAUGGUUUGGAUAUUGUUGGGCUUUUGGUCGAACGCAUGGGUCACUCUUUCCGAUCUUACCUCGGGACUGUAUUGGUUCCUACGCUGGAUCGCUUGGGCGAUGCCAGAGAGAGUGUGCGAGAAAAAGCCCACAAUGGCUUGAAAUUAUUUAUGCGGGAAGUAGUGGAUCCUCAAACCCUGUUUGACAAACUCUCAACAGGUUUCACGCAUAAGAAUGCCAAGGUCCGGGAAGAGGUUCUAUUUCUGGUUCAAGAUACCCUGAACGAACAUGGAGCACAUAGUUUGGUUAUCUCGAAAAUGAUGCACCAAAUUGUUAAUUUGGCAUCAGAUCCUGCAGCCCCGGUGCGUGAUGCGGCCAUGACAACGCUGGUCGAAAUUUAUAGGCACGUGGGAGAAAGGGUUCAAUCCGAUCUGGAAAGGAAAUUCCAAUUGCCACAAGCCAAAUUGGCUGUGUUGUUAUCAAAGUUUGACGAAUUGAGAAAAUCUGGCGAGGUCGUGGAAUCACCUCCGUUGCCUGACAAUCAGAGGGGAAAAGACGAAACUGAUCUGGUUCAGAGCAAGAGCCUAACAUCAAAGGCCCGUUCAAGCAGUGUUCCUGCUGGCGUGAGAAGACCAGGUUCGUUUGCUGUGCCUAAAGCUCCAACAGCAGAUACUAACUCAAAUGUGAUGACUACAUCUUCUUGCAUUCGUCGGAACUCCUCCAUGAGAGGUGCCACAGCACCGUCUUCUAUGGGUGCUGGUGGAUUGGAUGAAGACAGUUUCACGAAAUCUUUUGAAGAGGUGAAACAUGUGAAUAUAUUCUCAGGUCGAGCUCUUUCAGAGGAAAUUGCCAAGAUCAAAGAGACCCUUUCCAAGUCAUCGAAUGAUUGGAAAUCUCGUGUUGAUGCUCUCCAAAUGGUGAGAUCACUGAUGUUGGCAGGUGCAUUAAAUUUCGACGAGAUGCAUAACUCAUUAAGAACUUUGGAUGUGCCUUUCCAAGUCAGUAUCAAGGAUUUGCGAUCACAGGUUGUAAGAGAGGCUUGUAUAACUGUUGCCUACCUUUCCCAACAAAUGGGUCAUAAGGUAGACCGUUUGUUGGAGAUUCUGUUUCAAAAUAUCAUAAACCUCAUUCCGAAUUCUGCCAAAGUGAUGUCCUCCUCUGGGAUUAUUUGUAUUCGGUUCAUCAUUCAGAAUACGUUUUCUUCGAGAUUUGUUCCAAUCAUCACUUGCAAUGUGACCUCCAAAUCUCGUGAUAUUCGAAGACAUUGUUGUGAAUUCUUGGAUCUAAUCCUGCAUUCUUGGCCCACGCAAAGCUUAGAGAAGCAUGCACAUCUCAUUCAAGAAGCCAUUAAAAAAGGAAUUGCCGAUGCAGAUCCAGAGGCCAGGCAAUUUGCGAGAAAGGCGUACUGGGGAUUUGCAGAUCAUUUCAAAGACCAAGCCGAUCAGCUUUUGACAACCUUGGACUUUUCGUAUCGAAGACUAUUGCAAGCUGGAGACAUCUCCAACUCCUCGUCAAGUAACUCCUUGAACAUGGCUGGAAAAGCAACAUCUACCAUACCCCGAUCUAGGCAGACAUCGGUAGCGAAUUCGAGAGAAAACAUUUCCGAAUCAACCGAUGGAAGACGAGCAAACACACUGACGAGAAAGUCCAGUGGAAUUCCUCAAUAUGCAUUGACGUCGCCCAUCAAAAUAGCGAGUACUCCACCCAUGUUCUCUCAAGAGUCCAGUCCAAGUUUGAGAUCGACCCCUAUGACUGCCAGAUCCAAUAGUGCCAUUGACGCCUCCGCUGUUCGUCGAGCCAAUGUUCGGGCUCAAUAUGCACAAAGGAGUAGGAUGGGAGCGAUGUCUGGUACCUUGGGAUCUCGAUCCCGAAGAAGCUCUAUGGAAAAGACCCAUAAUACCCCAGGAGGAUUUAAUUCACCGGACGUGACAAACGGCACAUUUUCUCGGAACGGAAGAAAUCGCUCUCGCAUUGGAAUCGUUCACUCGCAACCGGGCUCAAGAUCGACCUCUCCAUCAUCACUACGAGCGUACCAGACUUAUUUUGACUCGCCUCCAGCUCGAGUAGUGCCUGACAAACGUCGCUCUUCCAAUGGAAUCCCGGGGAGCUCCACCUCUUCUCGGGAGCCAAGUCCUGGCCGAGGAGUUUCCUCUAUCAAGAAAAGAACCGUUGGGAAAAGUGAGAGGUUUUCUCCUGGACCGCCUUCAGUAACCAAAAGCCGCCCACCUAAACAACCACUUAUGACCGAAAACAUACUUCGCCAGUCUAGAGAAGCUGAAACUGCCCUGGCAUAUGCAUUGAACUCACAAGCCGAAAGAAGAAAACCCGCGGCAAGCUUUCCAUUCGAAGACGCAUCAGAUGAAAGUGAGGUGUCGAGUGUGAGUUCCAUAGGCCAGAGUGGGCAUUCGCCAAUGAAACCAAGACACAUCCAGUCCACGAAUUCCUUGAAAGGAUCCAACUAUUCACGGCCUUUGGCCAAUAACAACUCCAGAGCGAACACGCACUUGGAUCCUGUAAAUGAUUCCGAAAAUCUGAAUCCCGAAGACGUUCACAAGAAUUUGCGUUUUACCGCCAGUGCCAUACAAAACUAUUCCUUUGAUUCUCCCGGAGAUUUAUCUGAUGGAUCAAAAUUCAAUCUCGUUAAUAAUGCGGCCCCUACGUUGGAAGAGAAGAUGAGGAUGCUCGAUUCCCGAGUGAGUAGUGUUGAAGAAUCGCAGAGUGGCAAUUCAAUUAUAUCUACAGAUCCAACUAGGGCUAACCUAGAAAUGGAAGAUAUAAUGGAAAUUCUUCAAAGUGUCAAAUCGGGAACUAAAGCAGCUGAGCGGAGAACGUGCAUGACUCACUUGAUUCGCCUCACCCGGGAAGGAACUGUCAAACAAAUCCAAGAUAACUUCCGCACAAUUCUGCGGCUUCUCCUGGAGAACCUAUUAGAUGACGUGGGAGCGACAAGAGCUCUUGUUUAUGGCGUUUUGACAGAGAUGCUCAAACACGAAGCAUUGUCCCAAAGCUUUCAAGCCUUCACCGAACUAAUCAUAUUGAAAGUCUUGGAAGCUCAUCGGGAUCAAGAAAAAGAUGUUGAGAGAGCUGCAGAGGGAUGUGCAGCAGCCAUGGCUUUUAUUCUUCCAUCUGACAUUGUGAUAAGGGUUCUAAACCCUAUCAUCAAGACCGGAGACUUCCCUGUUAAUCAAGCUGCCGUCAAAAUGCUUACGAAAGUAGCUGAUCAUCAAAAAAGUUACGAUUCUAUUGUGGCCAAUCUGUCGGAUAUCAUGCCAGGGCUAUUAAAGGCUUAUGAUAACGUGGAAUCCAGUGUGAGAAAGGCUGCCGUUUUCUGCAUGGUGUCCUUGCACCAACGCGUUGGUGACGAGCUCCAACCCCACUUGGAAUGUCUCAAUGGAAGCAAGCUCAAAUUGUUAAAUUUGUACAUUAAAAGAGCUCAGUCACAAAAAGAACAGUCAAUGCCAAGUAGUCCAAGACUUCAAACGCCGAUGUGAUGUCAUUUCCUCUUCUUCACUUCCAAUAAAAGCUUCACUACUUCGA